CUAGCUUCACUCCCAAGACAGAGAGAGAGAGAAAGAGCGAGCAAAGAUAGAGUUUGCAUUUAACCAGAGAGAGAGAGAGAGAGAGAGAGAGACAAGAAAACAGUAUUGUAUCUUCUUGCUGGAACUUGUGCGAUUAUUUCACAAUUUUUAUUGCAGGGUUUUAGAAAUAUACAUACAAAAGACUGGCUUUUUAAAAAUAAAAGUCAGAUUUUUCUCUCUCCCAAGAUUUCCUACCCUACCCAUCAAUUAAUAUUGUUACAUUAUUAGAUAUAAACUUCCCCUCCACAGUAGAAGGGAGGGAUGCCGCAGUUAAACAGCGGUGGCGACCCAGAGUUGGGUGCGAACGACGAGAUGAUUUCGUUUAAAGACGAGGGAGAGCAGGAGGAGAAAAUCCUGGCAGAGAUCAGUGGCAGCGAGGAGCGGGAUCUGGCGGACCUCAAGUCAUCGCUGGUCAAUGAAUCGGAGACCAACCCAGGCAGCGGAGACAGCGGCGGUAGCAACUCGCGGGAGCCCGAGGUGGCCAGACGGUUGCAGAUUAACGAGGAUUCCUUUCGAGAUAAAGUCCGCCGUCCGGGCACCGAGGAGGGGAAGCGGCAGGAUGGAACGAUGGGACCGGCCUUCUGCGGCUACCAACCCAACUACAUCAUGAUCCCCAAUCUCAGCAAUGAGCCUUAUCUGAACAACGGCUCUCUCUCCCCUCCGGGCGCCAGAACGUCAAACAAGGUGCCUGUGGUGCAGCCAUGCCAUGCAGUUCACCCCCUCACCCCUCUCAUCACUUACAGCGACGAGCACUUUGCGCCAGGAUCUCAUCCGACACAAAUCCCCACAGACACCAGCUCCAAGCGAGGCAUGCACAGACAUCCCCCAGGUCCUGAUAUCCCCACCUUCUAUCCCUUGUCUCCAGGUGCUGUUGGACAGCUCACGCCUCCUCUCAGCUGGUUUUCACAUCCCAUGGUUCCUACUCAUCCCGGUCCUCAUACAACUGGAAUCCCUCACCCAGCCAUUGAGAACCACCAAAUCAAGCAGGAACCCAUUCACAACGAGAUUGAACUCAUGAACACAAAACCUCAGCAUGAAACGAGGAAAGAGCAGGAGGCCAAAAAGCCUCACAUCAAGAAGCCUCUUAACGCCUUUAUGUUAUACAUGAAGGAGAUGAGAGCGAAUGUGGUAGCAGAGUGUACAUUGAAAGAGAGUGCUGCCAUCAAUCAGAUUCUCGGCCGGAGGUGGCAUGCUUUGUCCCGCGAGGAGCAAGCCAAGUACUACGAACUGGCUCGGAAGGAGAGGCAACUUCACAUGCAACUUUACCCAGGAUGGUCUGCACGGGAUAACUAUGGAAAGAAGAAGAAGAGGAAACGUGAAAAGAUGCAGGAAACCACUUCAGGAAAACAAAACACAUUCUCGACGUGCAAGACAAAAGCAGCAACACCAGGCCCGCUUCUAGAGAUGGAGGCUUGUUGACAACUUGCCCACAAACACUCUUGCCAAGCAACAUGCUACUUGUAUUUACUCUCAGUCUGGAUUGUCCUGUUAAGAUCAGCUACUAAAUGGUAGCUGGAUUUGGACCCACAUCGAGAUUACACAUGGCCUGUACAAGAUGCACAAAGCACAGGGAAAGUACUGUAGGCAUCAGACUCAGAAAUUGGCCCUUGGGGUUUUCUUUUUGCUGAACAGAGAUAUGUAGAUAGAUUUAGUUUUAUUUUACUCUUUUCUGGACUAACAGUUGUUUUCCCCUCAUUUAUUACUUUACAUCUUAUUGUUCUUAUGUGUAUAUUUUCAGUGAUAGUCAUUAAGAAAAAUGCAUUUAGAGAUCAGGAAAGAUUCAGCCAGAGGAGAGUUCACAGGAACACACAGUGUAUCUAUCAGCUGCUUUGAGCUUCUGUACAGUGAACUAUAGAGCUCAGUUGGUGCUGGGGAAUCUCCAACUUAGGCGGAAAAGCUGUGCAAAUCCUGGAAAAAAAUGGUUUUAAAAAUAACACUGCAUCUCUGGUGUUUCCCAAGGAGAGCAAGCUGGAGAAUCCAUAACAAAAGCUUUACCCAUAUUACAACAAGUCAUCAUGUGGAAUUUAAGAAGUAUUGAUAUUUGUAGGGAACUGCAGGCCCGUGAGCUAUUUCAUCACACACUGGUGUUUUAAAAACUCAGCACUUAAACUGUUGCUAUCUUUUUCUCAUCCUCCACGUGUUAUGUUUUUCUCAUCCUACAUGUUAUGUACUUGUCACCUUAUGUUGUAAUUAUCUACUGGUUAGAUCUUAGUGUUACUUUUUUUUGUCAAUAGAAUAUAUCUGGUGCAAUGUAAUUGAUUAUGGUAUAACGGGUUGAAGCCAUUACCUUUUUU